UCAAGGUAGGCAGCUUCUUCAGGACUGACUGACUUUGACUUUGCAGGUCUUUUAUCUUUCUCUUGGGUCUCUCUCAUUUUGCUUUCUGUCGAAAUACUGAAGUCUACUUUUUCAAUUGUAAUGGCUUCCUCGGCGUUUGUGAGCUUCCACGAUGAAGACAUCCACUUCAUCACAGAUUUUGUUCUUGAUCCUCUCAGAAGCAGAGGCUUCCACGUCUUCGUUAAAGGUGGAUCCACAACAUUCGACCUGUUUCAAGCGAUUGAACGCUCUCGCUUUCAUAUCGUGGUCUUUUCCAAGAACUACCCUUCCUCAAUCUGCUGUUUACGUGAACUAAUGGCGAUCAUAAAUGCCGUUGAGUCUUCUCCAUGGUCUACCAACUUUCUGCCUAUUUAUCAUGGUGUCCAACAAUCUGAGGUACUAUUUCAGACGGGAUGUUAUGGGCAAGUCUUUUCGAAAUACGAAGAAAGAUUUAGGGAACACAAGCAGAGGAUGGAAGAAAUGCAGAGAUGGAGAGAAGCUCUCACACGAGUGGCUGGUUUCCCGGGUUUGAAUAUGGAAAAUGUGACACGACAUGGAGGUUUUGAUUUUGUUCAAUAUGCAGCACGUAUUUUGGGUCGUGAGUUUUUAACUUCUCAAAAUGAAACAAUAUCCAGUAGAUAUGGAAAAUUUGACGAUAUUGUUCAAUAUAAAGAUGGAGAUGAAGUUUCAUACAAGGAGCUGCGAGGUUUGAUAAGGUUAAGGGAUUUUAUCAGCCUCGUGUUGACUUAUCCAGUGAAGUUAGAAGAGGACGGUGUAUUAAGAUCCUGGAUUAGUGCAUUUCCUGAAUGGAAAAAUCAGUUAUUUUCCAGUGAUGGUUUUCCUGUGAUUUGCAAACCAUGUCGUCUACUAACCGAGAAGGCACUGGGAUGCAUGAAAGGAUUGAUGCCAGUGGAAAUAAUGGCUGAAAUAGAAACUGGUGAGAGAUCCCUCUUCAACCGCCAUAAUGAUGUAAUACCAGAAGGCCUACUCCCCCUAAUUGUUGAUCUUGCUGUUAACCAACUAAUUCAAACUUUGUUUUCUGGAGAUUACUGUGUGCGCUAUAUAAGAUUGUUGACCAGAAACUCGUCUGAAAAAGAAUCUGUAGUGAACAAAAUACUUACAGCCUUGGAAGAUAAGCACGACAUGUUUGGAAUUGACAAAGAUUUUCUGAUGGCCGUAUGGAUCAAUGCUUUGACAUGUGAGACUGAUGCAGAGGUUCAAGUUCAAGAAGAAAUCAAUAUGAUCAUGGGAAGUAUUUCUACGACAGAGGGUGAUGACUUGUUAACUACAGUAGACACUGACAAAAAGAAGAGGAUCAAUAGGCUGUUGGUGAUUGUAGUGGAUGCAGAUAGCAACAAAAGGCUGGACCUCCAAAAAGUUCAAUUUCCAACUGGGAUGGUGGUGUUGAUAACAACUGAAUCUUCAACACAGGCGGUGAAGGAUGAUGACUUUGGAAUUGCAUGCACAAUGGAUUUGAAUAUUUGGACCCAGGAUCAUAUGUUGCCAUGGAAACUCUUCUAUACCUAUGUGGGAAGUUGCAUCAACUGUUCAUCAAUGACAAUUCAGAAAAUAGCAGUGGAAAUUGUCAAGAAAAGCCAUGGCCAUCUUCUUGCCAUUGUCCUUGUGGCAAAACACCUUAGGUAUGUGAAAGAUGAUAAAUACUGGGAUUUUGUACUUGACAAAUUAAGCAAUCCGAAUCCUUUCUAUGAUUAUCAAGAUUGUGACCGAAUUGGCUUUAGCAGAGUCAUGGUCAAUGCAUUUGUAAAUAUUAUUUGGGAAGGCAUCGAUGAUGAACUAAAGCUUUGCCUCCAACUCAGUUUACCUGUUCACAACAUUAAAAAUGGGGUGAGAGAUGAUAUCUUGGUUUGUUAUUGGGCUAAUAUAUUACGAUACACACAAGAGCUUGGUGAAUACAAGAGACAGUUACAAUAUUACCUUGAGGAGCUUCUAGACUGUUUUGUCUUGUUGAAAUUUGAAAGUGGAGACAUCUAUUUGCCAAUAGAAACCUAUGAGAUAAUUAAAUCAUUACACAUCUCAAAACCUUCCAUCAUAAGGCAUGGUGCAUUAGGAUUGACGGAGAUUGGACAAUGGCAUAGUCUUAUUCAGAUAGAAUUGGUUAACAGUAAUAUAUGUGAACUACCAGAAUCACCAGACUGCCCCAAACUCAAAGUGUUGUUGUUACAGGGUAAUGCUGAUUUAUUGGAUAUCCCUGAUUCAUUUUUCGACCAGAUGCCUCUACUUCAACACUUGGACUUAUCCUACACUAGUAUAAGGGAUUUGCCCCCUUCUCUCACCAAAUUGAUGCAACUUAAGAAAUUAUAUCUUAAAAGCUGUGAUCUCAUCAUGGAAAUAUCCCCGCAAAUUUUUCAACUGAAGAAUCUUGAAGAGCUUGAUCUUGACGGGACUUUGAUAACCCAUUUGCCAAGAGACAUUGGAAAAUUGAUCAACCUGCAACGUUUAGCCCUAUGCUUUGAUGCAUACCAUCAUGUACUUAGUCGUGGUAAAAAAGGCAAGCAAAUUUCUAACACAAUGGCAAUUCCUCUUGGAGUGAUAUCAAAUCUUACUCAGUUGAAUUAUCUAAGCCUUGACGUCGACCCUGAAGAUGAGCAAUGGAGCGAGAACGUUAAUAGUGUCUUGGUAGAAAUUUUGGGACUAGAGAAGUUGAAAACGGUGAGCAUAUAUGUUCCAAAGGCUGAUCUCUUGGAACUCAUACCGGCCGAAAAAUCUCUCGAUUUCCGGUUGGUUGUUGGUCAUCACAUGCGGCGUCUAAUAUCCCGUGUAACACCUGAAAUAGAGACAAAAUUCAAAGAUUUUGACUAUAGCAUGAAGUUUGUUAAUGGUGUAAAUGUUCCCAAUGGAGUAAAGAUGAAUCUUGGUCGCUUCAAGGCUUUGUACCUUGACAGACAUAUGAGCAUCAAGAGUCUCUCGGAUUUCAAUGUGAAAGACGUACGGAGGUUGAAAGUUGACAACUACUGUUUUGCACUGCAGAGAAUAUUACCGCUGCCCACAUAAGAGCACACAAGUGUGCCCAGCAUUAAAACGUGUUCAAAGGUUAGAUGGCGACCCAACAACAUUUGAGGUAACUUACAAGGGAACUCAUAGUUGCACCCAAAAACAGGAUUUAAUAACAGAAAGUGGAGAUGCCGAAGUAUUAGAAGAUUUUUGGGGAAAAGCAAAUUCUGCAUCAUCUAGCAACAAAAGUUCUAUUACUGUUUGGGAGGGAAUAUCAGCUGAACCAGAAGAACUUCAAAUGAGUCUACCUUUAGAAGAUGAUUUAGAUUUCAGAGUAUGAUGAUUUAAAUUUAUUAUUAGAGGUUGGAUUUUUAAAUAUUAUCAGUGUAUUUUUUAUUUUAUAUUAAGAUUUGGUAUAAUUUUACUUAAACA